CACUUAAGCAAACUCGAGAUAAAGAUAGAUGAGGUAGCUUUUUGUUUUUCUUUUUUUUUCGUCGCCAGUCGGAAGUUUUGUUUCGAAGCUUAAGCGACCUUGACUUUUUUUGUUGGGCGUUGCAUCGGAGUAUCGGUUAUAUAUGUGUUUUGGAGAUGUCUCAAGACGGCGAUCGCGCAAUCAAGGACGCGAGAACGAGCGCCUUUUAUUUUUGUUUUUUUGCCGGCUUACCAUUUUAUUGGUCGGUCGUGCAAAUAAAGACUGCUAUAAAACGACGUGUGUACAUGUUCCAGCUUAGUUCCCUUCAGCGUUAUAUUCAUCGUGGUUCUUCUCAGUCCCUCUAGAUUUCAACAUGAACGCUGCCCUCCUGUUACUGUUGAUUGUUGCUGUUGCAACCGUUGGAGUUCUGUCCACCAGUCCUCCUAAUUGUAAAGAUGUAACCUGUGACCCGGCGUCCUGCGCUCCUGUUACCUGUACUUGUGGGUCUCACAAGGGCUCAUGCGGCUGCUGUGACUUCUGCGACAAGUGUGCUGGCGAAACAUGUAUUAAACUUCACAAUGAACGUUGCCAAGAAGGAUACGAGUGCAAGCUGAACGAUCCGGAGGGCAACAUCUUCCAGGGAGCCCCUGGUACAUGCGUAGCAGCCACGCCCCACGAUCACGCGCACCACAACAAAUAGGGGGAAGAAUGAAGAUUUGAUAACAUUUCGUUCUCGAACUUCUGUAACAAAUCAUAAUAUGACGAACGUUUGCCGGAGUGAAGAAUGAUCCAACCAAUACCACAACGAACAUUGAUACAAGUUUCAUGUUAGAAAAUGGGAGUGCACUUCGCUAUGAGAACGAAAUAAAACUUGUUUUGGUGGCUCAUUAGACGUACUACCAACCUC